GUUAAGAAGGUAACCCUUACUGGCGUUCCAACUCGACCAAUUUCGUGGUUUGGACUAGUGUGUUUCAUAGUCCUUGUGCUAUCACUUGUGUCAAAAGGUGAGGCUCAACUUGCUCGGUCAAGAGUGGAGGAGAUUUUGCCCACCAAGAAUGCACCCUCUGAAAGUCGAAAACAAAUAUUUCGCAAUGUGAAAGAAUUCCGACGCUAUCUUCAACGGUUGGAUGAGUGGUUAGCUAUCACAGGUUUGGAUGAAAACGUCGAGAUCUACGCAUUGAAAGCCGGUCAGUCAGUUUUGUUUGAUCAUGCUGUCUUAUGUAUAAAGCAUUAUCAAUACAAGGAUCGGUACAAUUGUCACCUCUCUCUCACCACCACCACCACUAGGGAGGAAGAGGAGGAGGAGGAGGAAAAGGUAGGAUUUGGGCAGGAAAAAAGUCUCCGUUUUCCAUGUGACCUUGCAAUGCGUGAUCCAGAAGUUAGACAUAGAUACAUCAAAAUGUGA